AGAAGGGAUGAUAGUAAUCCUUCCCUCUGCUGCUCUUUGCCGGCCACAUACGCGACUAGUAAAAUGGCCAGGACACAGGCUUUUCUUUUUUUUCCCUCACGACCCCGAGGAGCUGCGCUGACUGCCCACUGGAGGGUAUAAUCGCUGUGCAUGCUGCUUUAGCUUAGCUUACCGCCAAGUUAUCAAGAGUAGAAAUCAUCAGCUAGCUAAAGCGACACAGAGAAAGCUCGCUGUAGCUCAGACUCCAACACUUGAUUCCCCAUUCUUUCUCCCUUCGCUAGCCGCCAUUGCUGCACCUCAGCAGCCGAGCUUGCUUGCUUUGCUGCAUCGCCAUCAGAUAUUCAGACCAAGACCAAAGCUGUCGGUUUAUUUUCCCAUCAGUUUCUGACGCUCUUCGUCUGAAACAAAUACAGUAACUGCGAACUCAAUAACUGACGCUCUUCGUCUGAAUCCCACCCGGCUAGCUAGCUGUCUUCUUCUUCUUCUUCUUCUUCUUCCUCCUCCCGCCGCCAGCCACACCACACGCACACAGGACACAGCUGCAUUUAGUUGAGCAGCGACCUCAAAGCGGUUUCCUUUCCUUUCCCGACUCAGGUUUCCUCUGCCUCUGCUUCGUCCUCCUUCCCCUUUUCUUCUUCCCUCUUUUACAGCUCCCUUCACUCAAUCCGUCCUUCCACCAACAAACAAACAAGCAAAGAAAAUAAUCAAUGCCGCCCACCGGCCAUUGCUGCUGACUUGCUCACUCCUCUUGCUCUACCGCCAAAGCUCACUCCACCAUGCUCCACCCAAGAGCCAUCUCCCCGCUGCUCAUUCUCCUCUUCCUCCACCACCUCGCCCCGCCGGUCACCGGCGGCGAAGCGGAAGCGCUGCUAGCCCUAAAAUCCGCCCUGGACAACUCCAACCGCCUCCCAUGGCGGCCCGACACGGCCUCCACCCUCUGCACCUCCUGGCCGGGCAUCCGCCAGUGCGGCCAUGGCGGGCGCGUGACGAAGCUCGUCCUGGAAAACCUCAACCUCACGGGCUUCCUCACCGCGGCGCUCCUCUCCCCGUUCCCGGAGCUCCGCGUCCUCAGCCUCAAGGACAACGCCCUGAGCGGCCCGGUCCCGGCGGGCCUCCCCGCCGCGCUCCCCAACCUCAAGCUGCUCUACCUCUCCGGCAACCGCCUCACGGGCGAGAUCCCGCCGGACCUCGCCUCGCUCCGCCGCGCCACCGUCCUCGUCCUCUCCGGCAACCGCCUCACGGGGGAGAUCCCGGAGGAGCUCGCGGACGCGCCGCCCCGGCUCACCGCGCUAAUGCUCGACGGGAACCUCCUCGCCGGCCCUGUCCCGGGGUUCUCGCAGCGGACGCUUCGGGUGCUCGAUGUCUCCGGGAACCGGCUCUCCGGCCGCAUCCCGCCCGUGCUAGCCGCGAGGUUUAACGCGUCGUCAUUCGCCGGUAAUGGCGGCGGGCUCUGCGGGCCUCCGCUCCCCACGCUUUGCGACGCCGCAGCGCCGCUGUCCCCUGCCAGGGCGGCCUUCUCGCCGCUCCCUCCGCCCGGCGGCGGCUCCUCCAGUAGCAGCCGUCGCCGCAAGAAGGCGGCGAUUGUUGCAGGCUCCACGGUGGCCGGAGCGGUGCUGCUGGGAGUCCUAGCAGCGGCGGUGAUAAUGGCGUCGCGGCGCGGGCGCGGGAGCAAGCAGCGCGUGGCCGGCGACGAGGGUCACAACAACAAGGCCGAAGCAAUUCCUUCAUCGUCGGAGCAGCCGGCGGCGAGCGCGCCAUUGCCGCCACCAGCAGCACCAUCAGCAGCAAUGGCGGCCAGGGAGUUCUCGUGGGAGCGGGAGGGGGGGAUGGGGAAGCUGGUGUUCUGCGGCGGCGGCGGGAUGUACAGCCUGGAGGAGCUGCUGCGGGCGUCGGCGGAGACGCUGGGGAGAGGGGAAGCCGGGAGCACGUACAAGGCGGUGAUGGAGACGGGGUUCAUCGUGACGGUGAAGCGGAUGCGUUGCGGCGGCGGCGACGGCCAUGGCGACGCGGCGGGGUUCGGGCGGCGCGCGGAGGAGCUGGGGCGGGUGCGGCACCCCAACGUGGUGGCGCUCCGGGCCUACUUCCAGGCCAAGGAGGAGCGGCUCCUCGUCUACGACUACUACCCCAACGGCAGCCUCUUCUCCCUCAUCCACGGGUCUCGGCCGUCGAGCAAGGGGAAGCCGCUGCACUGGACGUCGUGCAUGAAGAUCGCCGAGGACAUCGCCGCCGGCCUCCUGCACCUGCACACGCACUCUUCUCCUGCCGGCAUCGGCAUCGUGCACGGCAACCUGAAGCCGUCCAACGUGCUCCUGGGCCCCGACUUCGAGUCCUGCCUCACCGACUACGGCCUCGUCCCGGCUCUCCACAGCCCCUCCUCCGCCGACGCCGCCGCCGCCUCGCUCCUCUACCGCGCCCCGGAGACCCGCUCCGCCGGCGGUGGGCUCUUCACGGCGGCGUCGGACGUGUACAGCUUCGGGGUGCUGCUGCUGGAGCUGCUGACGGGCCGGGCGCCGUUCCAGGACAUGCUCCAGGCCGACGACAUCCCGGCCUGGGUCCGCGCCGCCCGCGACGAGGAGACCACCACGGAGUCCAAUGGCGGGGACUCGUCCGCCGCGUCCAAUGGCGGCGUCGGCUGCGCGGAGGAGAAGCUGGGCGCGCUGGUGGGCGUGGCGGCGGCGUGCGUGGCGGCGGAGCCUUCCAGCCGUCCCGCCACGGCCGAGGUGCUCCGGAUGGUCAGGGAGGCGAGGGCGGAGGCCAUGUCGUCCUCCAACAGCAGCGACCGCUCCCCCGCGCGCUGGUCCGACGCCGUCGUCAGCCUGCCGCCGCCGCCGCCGCCGCGGGAUCAUGGCGCCGACAGGGACUGAAUGACUGAUCCAUCGGCAACAUCAGCUAGUAGUUCUUAGUCCAUCUUCGAUUAGUUACCUCGGAUGAAUCAGCCCUGCUUGUUGACUGACUGGAAUUGGAUGAGGGAAGCAUCUCCUUCCCUUACUGACAAUUGACAAACAACUGUUUGUUUUUUCAGAUAGUAAUGAAACAGCCGUGUGUUUUGUGUCCUGAUAAAUUUCUAGUUGGAAUUUCAUUGCU